AAUGGCAAUGAUUCGCGUUUUCUUUAAACCUCUUGUGUUAUUAAUUCUCACGCCAGGAACGAUGUUGAAAGUUCGUACAGGGUUUGAAAUUAUGACAACGAAAAUGGCGCCAAUCGUUUCUGCUAGCAUUCAAACGUAAACGUAAACAAAGUCGUGUUCGGGCGAUCGUGCGUUGCUACAUGUUCUGUGAUAUUCUGUGAUUUUUUGUGCAACAUCCUGCUAAAAAUGGCAUCGUUCAAGCCAGAAAAGCAGCUACAUCCACCGGAGAAAGGGUCAGAUUUUGCAUUUCCCUUUCUGCCGUACGAUAUUCAGUUAGAUUUUAUGAAGACACUCUACACGGUGAUACACAGCGGAGGUAUCGGAAUCUUCGAAAGCCCUACUGGAACCGGAAAAUCGUUAAGUUUAACCUGUGGCACCCUUACCUGGCUGAAAGAUUAUGUUCGACUGAUGGAAGCGGAGCUGCAGGAAAAGAUUGCACGGUUGCGAGCAGAAAUAGCCCGGCUGGAGAAGGAGAACGAAAGCUCCAGCGAUUGGAUCUCGGGACAGUACAGCGCAAUGGGCCAACGAAAGGAGUUGGAUGUGCUGAAUCAUUUCAAGCAAUCGAUUGAAGAGUAUAAGAAGCAUCUGCUGCGGAUGAAGGAUCGUGCGGCGUUGCACAAGAUUCGGUUGGAGAAGAUUCGCCCCAAGGAUGACACGUUGAGGGAAGCUGAACCGCUCCAGCAGGAUGUCACAAUCGAUGAGGACGAGUUUUUGCUCCCGGAAGACAGUGACGGCAGCGAUGAAGAACCCGAAGCCGAUCGUGAGAAUGAUGAGGAGCGAUACCGUCCAGUGCAGGUGAUAUUUUGCAGUCGUACACAUUCGCAGCUCUCGCAGGUUGUUAGCGAAGUGAAGGAAACGGAACAUUCCAAGGAUCUUCGACUGAUGUCGCUCGCCUCACGCCAAAGUCUUUGCAUCAAUGCGGACGUACGCAAGCUAAAGUCGAGUACGCUGAUCAACGAGCGGUGUCUGGAGUUGCUAAACAAAGGAGGAAAGAGUAAAACAAGUGCCGGCGACGAAGGAGACGACGGGCGAAGUGUCAAGAAACGAAGAAAGCUUACCCAAUCGUGCCCCUACUACAAUCAGCGUGCAAUAGAAGGAUUGAAAAAUGGCAUCCUAUUCGAAGUGCCCGACAUCGAGGAUCUGGUAAAGGCAGGAAAGCGCGAACAAGCGUGUCCUUAUUACGCCUCCCGCGCCGCUAUUCCCGAUGCACAGGUGCUGAUGGUUCCCUACCAGCUGAUCUUGCACCGGCGCACACGGCAACAGUCCGGCAUUCGUCUGCAGGAUGCGAUCUUGAUCAUCGACGAGGCACACAACCUGCUGGACACGAUUUCAGCCAUACACAGUCAGGAAGUGCGGCUGGAGCAGCUGCGACUGGCAAAGGUGCACCUUUCCGCCUACAAAGCUCGGUACUUCUCGCGCUUCUCCACGAAAAACCUGCUUCGCAUCAAUCAGCUCAUCUUCAUUGCCACUCGGCUGGGGAAAGUGUUAUUCCCAGAAGGGAGCAGCACCAAUCGAUCUCGCAUGCUCGAAACACAGGAGCUGUUACUUGAGGCGGAUAUAUUUAAUUUGAACUUAUCGGACAUACUUUCGUUCUGCGAGCGAUCGCGCAUUGCGCAGAAGGUGCACGGGUUCGCUCAGAGCGCAGCGCCGGAACUGCUGGAACAGAAUGCGCAAUCCAUCCGGUCGAAGGUCGGCACGACAUCGAAAGGAUCAACGAGUGAGCUGAAAUCACUUCUGAAAAACCUCGAAGAAGACUACAAAAACAAAUCACAGAAGAAGAAAGCAGGCCGACCAGCGUCCAAGCAGGCUGUGGAGCCUGCUCCUGUUAGCAACCAGGAAAACGAUCAACAGUUGCAAAGCAAACCUUCUGUCACAAAUGCGAUUCGGCCGUUGAUAAACUUUCUCGAGUGUCUGGUGGAGGAUGCCAGUGGUGGAAGUGGUGAUAGUCGGGUGAUGAUUUCGUUCGAUGAGAAGGAUCCGUCGCAGGCGAUCAUGAAGUAUCUGCUGUUGAAUCCGGGUGGAAAGUUUGAGGAUAUCGUUCAAAGCUGUCGUUCGGUUGUGCUGGCCGGUGGUACGAUGCAACCGACCGAAGAGCUGACGGAACAGGUAUUUCGCAACUGCCGGGAGCGAGUAACGAUUAAAAGCUAUCCACACGUGGUGCCAAAAGAUGCCGUCCUUCCGAUCGCCCUUGGUCGAGGGCCGACCGGGAAAGAGUUUCUGUUCAACUACAACAACAAGCACAAUGUGGAAAUGCUCGACGAACUUCAGUCAACGUUGCUAAACAUCGGCCAGGUUGUGCCGCACGGUGUGGUGGUGUUCUUCAGCUCGUACGACUUUCUCGACCUGUUCACCCGAAAGCUGGAAGAGUCGGGCAAUCGGGCACGGCUGGAAGAGCGCAAGAAAGUGUUCCGUGAGCCGAAAACGUCCGGUCAGGUGGAGAAAACUCUGUCCGAGUACGGCCGGGCAGCACGAUCGGCAACCGGGGCCAUACUGUUCAGUGUGGUCGGGGGUAAGCUUAGCGAAGGGUUGAACUUUUCCGACCAGCUCGGGCGCUGUGUGGUGGUGGUGGGGUUGCCCUAUCCGAAUCGUACCAGCCCGGAGCUGUGCGAACGGAUGCGCUACCUGGAUCGUAGUUUGGCCGGUGCCACGUCUGGUGCGUCCUCCGCCGGAAACGAGUACUAUGAGAAUCUUUGCAUGAAAGCCGUCAAUCAGUGCAUUGGCCGUGCUGUGCGCCAUAUACGGGACUACGCUGCGGUGAUACUGCUCGACACCCGGUACUGUACCGGCGAGCGCAUCCGCCGAAAGCUGCCCGUGUGGAUUUCGGAGCGAAUGGAGUGCGCCGAACGGUACGGGCAGGCGCACGGGAAGUUGGUGAAGUUUUUCCGCGACCAUAAAGCCAAACACGUGGAAGAAACUCAAUGAAAGCGAUGCGUAUUUUCGGAUGAAACGUGCGCAGUAAGUACAAUCAAAGCCCCCCUCCUGCUGUGGGAGGGAUAGUUGCUGUUAUAUUGGGCUAUUUUAGUCCGAUGUUGUU